CACUUUCUAGACUGUUCAGUGUAAUUCAGUGUAGUAGGAACUAAGUGCUGGCUAUGUGCCAUACAUAGGGAUAGAUGAAUUAGCAUUUGCCUAGUAUUUUCCAUAAUGGCUGGAAUUCAGAACAGACCAGAACUUAGUGCAGUGUAAUUCUUCAGGCACAUGCAUUUUCUUCUUGAUUUUCAUCAAAGAUCUCAUUUAGUUUCUUCAGUCUAGUGAUAUGGCUCAGUGAUGUGAAAUGCAAGCUUCAUUUGGCUACCACUUAAGGGAUGGAAGAAGUGCUGUUCUAUAUAGGUGGAUAAAAACAAAUUUAUAGUCACUAUCAGGAAAAAGCAGUCUUAACAAUCAAAUGUAAUGAUGCUACAUUUUAUAAUCUUAUAAUUAAAGACUUUUGUGUACUUUUUCAGUGAGCAUUUACUGGUUACUCUUUUAGCCACAUAAAAUUAUAGAGUCAGAGAUUAAAAACAUUGCCACUCCUUAACCUCAGAGGAGUGCAUGGUAUAUAAAAGAUAGCAUGAUAAGUGGUUACUUAAAUUUCACAAGAGCGGAGUGAUUUACCAGAGAGUAAGCCUCACAAAAGAAGGGGAAUUUAAGUAGGAGGUAGAUGAAUAGGAGUCAUUUUAGGCUAAGGGACAAGCACAGAGUAAAUCACUGAGGCAUAAAGGAAGUGGUGAGUUCGGAGGAAAUAUAGAGAAGACAGUUGUGGGUGUGCACAGGACUGGAGUGCUGAUCAACCACUCUGAAGUCCCACCACAUCCAAGUCAUGUGGCUAUUGGGGGUUUCAGGCUGAGGAGUGCCUAUGCAAUGUUAACUGUUAGGGCAGACAGAAUGAGAGGGAUGAGCUAUGGGUGAAGGAAAGAUCAAUAUGAAUAAAUGCCAUGUGAGUUCAGCUGCCUGCAAAGACCAGAAAAGGGCAUUGGAUUCACCACAAGUGCUAGGAACUGAACUUGAAUCGUCUGCAAAAACAAAUCAAAGGAAAUGGAAGACAGUAAUAUGUUACCUCAGUUCAUCCAUGGCAUACUAUCAACAUCUCAUUCUCUAUUUCCAAGAAGUAUCCAAGAGCUUGAUGAGGGGGCCACCACACCGUAUGACUAUGAUGAUGGUGAACCUUGUCAUAAAACCAGUGUGAAGCAAAUUGGAGCUUGGAUCCUGCCCCCACUCUACUCCCUGGUAUUCAUCUUUGGUUUUGUGGGCAACAUGUUGGUCAUUAUAAUUCUGAUAAGCUGUAAAAAGCUGAAGAGCAUGACUGAUAUCUACCUGUUCAACCUGGCCAUCUCUGACCUGCUCUUCCUGCUCACACUCCCAUUCUGGGCUCACUAUGCUGCAAAUGAGUGGGUCUUUGGGAAUAUAAUGUGCAAAUUAUUCACAGGGCUUUAUCACAUUGGGUAUUUUGGUGGAAUCUUCUUCAUUAUCCUCCUGACAAUUGAUAGAUAUUUGGCUAUUGUCCAUGCUGUCUUUGCUUUAAAAGCCAGGACAGUUACCUUUGGGGUAAUAACAAGUGUAGUCACUUGGGUGGUGGCUGUGUUUGCCUCUCUACCAGGAAUCAUAUUUACUAAAUCUGAACAAGAAGAUGAUCAGCACACUUGUGGCCCUUAUUUUCCAACAAUCUGGAAGAAUUUCCAAACAAUAAUGAGGAAUAUCUUGAGUUUGAUCCUGCCCCUACUUGUCAUGGUCAUCUGCUACUCAGGAAUCCUCCACACCCUGUUUCGCUGUAGGAAUGAGAAAAAGAGGCAUAGGGCUGUGAGGCUCAUCUUUGCCAUCAUGAUUGUCUACUUUCUCUUCUGGACUCCAUACAAUAUUGUUCUCUUCCUGACCACCUUCCAGGAAUUCUUGGGAAUGAGUAACUGUGUGGUUGACAUGCACUUAGACCAGGCCAUGCAGGUGACAGAGACUCUUGGAAUGACACACUGCUGCGUUAAUCCUAUCAUUUAUGCCUUUGUUGGUGAGAAGUUCCGAAGGUAUCUCUCCAUAUUUUUCAGAAAGCACAUUGCCAAAAAUCUCUGCAAACAAUGCCCAGUUUUCUAUAGGGAGACAGCAGACCGAGUGAGCUCAACAUUUACCCCUUCUACUGGGGAGCAAGAAGUCUCAGUUGGGUUGUAAAGUAAGUAGCAGUCCCCCCCCCCUUUUUUUAAGCAGGGAAGGAGAGGACAGUUUGUAUAUAGUAACAAACCUCAAAGACAAUAAUUCUUACUUUUGGUCAUGAUUCCUUUGGGGAAGUCAAAUGACCCUUUCACAGAGGUCACUUAAAACCAUCAGAAAACACACACACACACACACACACACACAUUAUAAUUCAUGACAGUAGCAAUAUUACAGCUAUGAAGUAGCAACAAAAAUAAUUUUAUGGUUGGGGAUCACCACAACAUGAGGAACUGUAUUAAAGGAUCACAGGAUUAAGAAGGUUGUGAACCACUGCUCAUAGAUAUAUUGAACAAUAGAGACCUUUAAAUCAGGUUCCCAGAACCUUAGGAUUAUAUCACAACUAAACCAUAUCUCUUCUUGUAUAUAUAAUACAUGUUUGGAAAAUAUUCUAGAAUAAUCAUUGAUAGAUUCUUCAGUGUCUAGUGAACUCUGUCCCUCUGAAGAGCCUCAUUGCCUUGUAGCAAUACUGUUUUACCAGUCUUCAUCAUGUUUUGCCCUAAUCUAACAAGAAAGACAUGGAAUGCAUAGAAAGGAAGGUGUGAGGCUAUCGGGACUGAGUGAGAAGGAAGAAGAGAUAUGCAGUUGAUCCUGAGUGAAGAUGGAGACGAAAGUGAACAGGGGCCUUCUCAUUUGGAAAGAAACGUCCUGGUCUUCGGCUUCUUCUCCCACCUGUGUUUGAUUUGAAGGCUUUAUCAGGUUGUGGGAAAUCUGGAAACUAAUUGUUUGUUGGGAACUUCAUUUGAGUCCCAUGGUCCUUUUAUAUAUAAUUGUACUACACAUUUUUGCUUUGUUAUUUUUAUCUAUGACAUGGAAAAUCUUUUCAAUAUCAAACUCCACUGUUUACAUGUUUCUCAAGCCAUGGCUCCUUGCAUGAUGUUUAUAAAAUUAUUGUUUAUAAAAUAUGCAUUGUUAGUGAUUCGCCUAAAAAUAAUAAGGGCUCUUGUUUGAUCUUCCCAGGGAGAGCAGAGCUGGAGAUAGUGAAUGACCAAGAAUGAGGAGAAAAACCAAUCCCUCUACCAGGCAUAGAGGGCUACAGCAAAAAGGCAGGGAUUUGUGGGACGAUAGAAGUGGUAUGUUUAGAACCACAUAGAAUCAGAAGCAAAAUGGAUGUCUCAGCACCAAGGAAAGGUUUCUGUCUGAAUAUAAACUUGUUUUAUUUUUUUGCUGCUAUUUUUCUGCCUCUCAACUACCUUUGCACUUGCUUCUUCCUCAUAGCCUUUAUCUAUUAGCUUCCACCUGGGAAAGGUGUGCAUGGAAGAGCCAAAUCUGGAAGCCUGGAUAGUUUAGGAAGAGAAAAAAGCACUGUUAUGUUAUCUUUGUGGGUAAAACGAGACUGGAUGAAGCAUGGACAGAAACCCUUGCUUUGAAAAUAGUACUUGGGAACAUACCUUAAUUACCAGGAACAAUAAGCCUGAAUAAAAACGAUUAUAGAUAGAAUGGGGAAAAGUGUGUCAUAGACUAUCUUCCAAAGCCUUAUUUUUGGAUAUAAACAUAAUUUAAAUAUUUAAAAAUUGAAAAUAGAAAAAAUAAAAUCAAGACUGAAAACUUUAACUUUUAAAUGUGAUGAAGUACCUCUGUAACUUGCCAAGCUUGAAAAUAGUCCAUUAGUUAUAGAAAAAAAUUUUGACUUUGAGCAUAUGAACUAACAUAGAUAGCUCAGGAUUGGCAGGGACUUGGGGUUUGUGGCAUGUGGGGUUACCCAACCAUGGUGAUUUAGACUCUACGCCAUCUGGAUCCUAGAUGCUGCAUAGAUGUCACGUGUACAUGAAAGUGGUGUACUUGUUCUUUCAGGCUUGGUUUCCCCAAACUCCUUUGGAUUUUUUUUUUGUCAAUGUGAUCUUGGUGACAGAUUGUCCUUUGAGUGAAUGGGAACUCCCAAGUCAAAUCAGCCUCUUAUCAAAGCAUUAAAAAUAAAUUUACAAAGGAGAAAAGUUAGAGAAACUCCUUCUCAUAAGAGAAAUAUCUUCCCUGAAUUGAGCCAAAAAUAUUCUUCCCUGUGCACUAAUGCAUUUAUUAUCUAAAAGAAGCAAGAAACAAAGAAACAGACAACCUGGGAGCUGAGAGUCAUUGUGGUCUGGCUUUGCUACCACGUGAUGAGAAGAAGUUUCUGAAAGGAGUAGGGGAUAAGAGUAUCACCUUCAGAUAGCCUAACCGUUUUAUUUUAAAGACAAUGAGAUGCAAAUAUCUGUAAACCUGUGAUUUAGAAAUAAACCAAUGCUCUAUCUAUACCUCUAGAAAUAUUAAAAAGAAACAAGCAUAUGUUUUGUUAUAC